AUGUCUGACCAUCCGGACGUCAAGCCGGACGUUGCGCCCAAGAAGCACAAGGUCAACCUCAACGAUGCUUCUGGAGCCGACCGCCGCGAUGAAGACGAUACUGCCACCGCCAUCCUGAAGAAGAAGAAGAAGCCCAACCAGCUCCUCGUCACCGACUCCACCAACGAUGACAACUCCAUCAUCAUGCUGGCGCCCAGCACCAUGGACACCCUGCAGCUCUUCCGCGGCGACGCCGUCCUUGUCCGCGGCAAGAAGCGGAAGGACACCGUCCUGAUUGUCCUGUCCGACGACGAGCUGGACGAGGGCAGUGCCCGCCUCACCCGUGUGGCCCGCCACAACCUGCGCGUCAAGCACGGCGAUGUCGUCACCAUCCACCCCUGCCCAGACAUCAAAUACGCCAAGCGUAUUGCUGUUCUCCCGAUUGCCGACACCGUCGAGGGCCUGACCGGCUCACUGUUCGACGUCUUCCUUGCCCCCUACUUCCGCGAGGCCUACCGGCCCGUCCGCCAAGGCGACCUGUUCACCGUGCGCGGUGGUAUGCGGCAGGUAGAGUUCAAGGUCGUCGAGGUCGACCCCCCAGAGUACGGCAUUGUCGCCCAGGACACCGUCAUCCACUGCGAGGGCGACCCCAUCCAGCGCGACGAGGAGGAGAACAACCUGAAUGAGGUCGGCUACGACGACAUUGGCGGCUGCCGCAAGCAGAUGGCCCAGAUUCGCGAGAUGGUUGAGCUGCCGCUGCGGCACCCCCAGCUCUUCAAGUCCAUUGGUAUCAAGCCGCCCCGCGGUGUGCUUCUCUACGGUCCCCCUGGUACCGGUAAGACGCUGAUGGCCCGCGCCGUCGCCAACGAGACGGGCGCCUUCUUCUUCCUCAUCAACGGCCCCGAGAUUAUGUCCAAGAUGGCUGGCGAGUCCGAGUCCAAUCUGCGCAAAGCCUUCGAGGAGGCCGAGAAGAACUCGCCUGCCAUCAUCUUCAUCGACGAGAUCGACUCCAUCGCCCCCAAGCGUGAGAAGACCAACGGCGAGGUCGAGCGCCGUGUCGUCUCGCAGCUGCUCACCCUCAUGGACGGCAUGAAGGCCCGCUCCAACGUCGUCGUCAUGGCCGCCACCAACCGCCCCAACUCCAUCGACCCUGCCCUGCGUCGUUUCGGUCGCUUCGACCGCGAGGUCGAUAUUGGCGUCCCCGACCCCACUGGCCGUCUGGAGAUCCUGCAGAUCCACACCAAGAACAUGAAGCUGGCUGACGACGUCGACCUGGAGCAGAUCGCCGCCGAGACGCACGGCUACGUCGGUUCCGACUUGGCCGCUUUGUGUUCCGAGGGUGCCAUGCAGCAGAUCCGCGAGAAGAUGGACCUCAUCGACCUCGACGAGGACACCAUCGACGCCGAGGUCCUCGACUCUCUCGGUGUCACCAUGGAGAACUUCCGCUUCGCCCUGGGCGUGUCCAACCCGUCGGCCCUGCGCGAGGUCGCCGUGGUCGAGGUGCCCAACGUCCGCUGGGACGACAUUGGUGGCCUGGAGACGGUCAAGCAGGAGCUCAAGGAGAGCGUCCAGUACCCUGUGGACCACCCCGAGAAGUUCCUCAAGUUUGGCAUGUCGCCGUCCCGCGGUGUGCUCUUCUAUGGUCCGCCUGGUACCGGUAAAACGCUGCUGGCCAAGGCCGUCGCCAACGAGUGCGCGGCCAACUUCAUCUCGGUCAAGGGUCCCGAGCUUCUGAGCAUGUGGUUCGGCGAGUCCGAGAGCAACAUCCGCGACAUCUUUGACAAGGCCCGUGCGGCCGCGCCCUGCGUCGUCUUCCUCGACGAGCUGGAUUCGAUUGCCAAGGCCCGUGGUGGCUCGGUCGGCGAUGCCGGCGGUGCGUCGGACCGUGUCGUCAACCAGCUCCUGACGGAGAUGGACGGCAUGACCUCCAAGAAGAACGUCUUUGUCAUUGGCGCCACCAACCGUCCCGAGCAGCUUGACCCUGCCCUGUGCCGUCCCGGCCGUCUGGACUCGCUCAUCUAUGUGCCCCUGCCCGACGAGGCCGGCCGUCUGGGCAUCCUCAAGGCCCAGCUGCGCAAGACGCCCGUUGCGGACGACGUCGACCUGCAGUACAUUGCCUCCAAGACGCACGGCUUCUCCGGUGCCGAUCUGGGCUUCAUUGCCCAGCGCGCCGUCAAGCUGGCCAUCAAGGAGUCCAUUACUGCCGACAUUGAGCGCACCAAGGCCGCCGAGGCCGCCGGCGAGGAUGUCGAGAUGGACGAGGACCUCGAGGACACGGUUCCCGAGCUGGCCAAGCGCCACUUUGAGGAGGCCAUGCAGAUGGCCCGCCGCUCCGUCACGGACGUGGAGAUCCGCCGGUACGAGGCUUUCUCGCAGCAGAUGAAGAACGCCGGUCCCGGCUCGUACUUUAAGUUCCCCGAGGGCGGCAUCGACUCGGCCGGCGCCACCAACCCGGCUGGCUCCGCGCCCGAGGGCUUUGGCGAUGCCGGCGCGGACGACGAGCUCUACGACUAA